GACCAGAUUUUUGUAUGUAUGUGCGAGUCUGUCCGUUUCCGUGUGUGUGCACGUGUGUGUCUAUGUGUGCACGUGCGUAUGCAUGGUUGUGUGUGUGUGUGUGUGUGUGCGUGCUCAUGCAUGUGUCCUUUCCCUCCUUCUUACUGAUCUCCAGUUUCCUUGCUUCCUUCUCCACGCAGAUCUGAAGCAGAGGUGUCUGGCCAGGAUGUGUGCAAAGCCGUGAGGAGAAGCUUCCACUCAGGGCUCCUGAGGAAACAGGCCCUGCUCUCGCUGUUUGUCUGCCGCCUGAAUGCUCGCGGCCGCUGUAGCUGGCGCUGGCCUGCAGGGGGCAGGGUGCCUUCUCAACCCACACACUUAUUUAAAUGGGCGCCACAUGUACAUACAGAACACACACCAACACAUAGUACAACACUUAGUAAAUAUAGCACAACAGCAAUAAUAAUAAUAAUGAUAAUAUACAUUAUAAUGGAUUAUCAGUAGGUGGGUUUGUAAUACAUAUGACAAUGCAUGCUGUAAACAUUUCUAUAAUUAUAAAACAUUUUUUUUUUUUUUUUUACAGAGGUCACUCAUGUUUUCCUUUAACUGUGAAUUAGUCUGUUUGGAAUUGGAGAUGCAAAAGAAGUUAUUUAAACAUAUUGUACAUAGGCCUUGGGCUGCUGUAAAUAGCUUCCAGAAGAAUCAAUAAUUAAACUGGCUGUUUGGCGGUAUUUGUGUCAUGCUGUGUAACGGAUGACUAACCCAGACCGAGGUUCGGUAACGCAUGUUCGGUAAGGGCUGGCUGUGUGAGCGGGGUAUUGAUGCGCCUGGACUGAGGCCUGCCUGAUAAUUGCUUUAAUGACAGGCCUGCUGCUGAUGAUGUCACUCAGUUUGUGUGCUUGCUUAGUGGGGGGCGCUUGGGGGACAGGCUUGGCUCUGUCUCAGCAAGCCAGGCUCAGCAUAGGGGGACUUUGUUGCCCUUGGGAGGGGGGGUUGCCCUUUCGAGGCCUCCGUGACCCGGAUGCCUCAGGUCAGGACCUGUUCAGCCCUGAGGUCUAGGUGCUGUGUGGUUCCUUUUUUCACCCCCGGUUUCGGUUACGGGGGGCUCAGGUAGUGGUGUGAGGGGAACCAUUGUUUCACAGUGACCACCCGUGCGUGCAGGCCUGGUCCGAUGGGUCCGUUCCUGCUGGGCCGGCCGUAGCUGCUUCUGGGAUCUGUGCCCCCCAGCCCCCCCAGAACAUGUAUCGGCUCAUUGUUAACCCAUAAUCAAGGUAAUCUGUGUGGGACCUUUUAAGAAGCCCAAUGGAUCAGAGCCCAUUUGAAUGGAAGAUCACCCAUGAGGACACACGCAUCCCCAAACACUAGAGGUGAGUCUGGCUUUACCUGCCGUCUCUUAACCGGCUUCUGCAUCAAGCUUAGGUCUUACAUUCAUGACGCUUAUAUGGAGAAGACGUUGGUGCUGCCUAAUAGUUUUGUAAAUGUCUAAUAAUGCAUGAGUUUCUGGUCUCUAGAUAAGUGUCUCCCAACCUGGUCCACGGUCCACGUUUUUGCUCCCUUCCAGACAGUCGACAUUUUUGCUCCUGCUGGGAGGGAGCAAAAAUGUGGACUGCCUGCGGGUCCCCGAGGACCAGACUGGCAAACGUUGCUCUAGACGGUAUUUAUGCUGUAGGAUAAUACCGUCUUUGCUGCAUUUCAGAGUGUCACAUUUGACUGUUAUUGUCACAGACCAUCAAUGUCUUGAACGAGCCGAAAUCAGAACAUCUACUCAAAUAAUUAAAAUUGUUAUUCUAUUUAUGGGGGCAUUAGUGCACGAAACCUGAAGCUGCAGCAGCAGAUGUAUAGUUCUGUCGAGGGCCAAUCUCAGAGAACGUGAAGAGAAGCCUGCUAAUGAUCUCCACAUCCGAAGCUCCACAGCGGCUUAGGUGGAGAAGCCGUGGAUGGGCCCGAUUUAGCAACACGGUGAUCUCCCGUGUGCUAACGCCGCGCCGCAGUGCAUUAUGGGAAGCGGGCUCUGAACUCCAAGGCGGGGGCUGUGCGGGACCUUCUGAUCCCCGGAAUACCGGCUGGCAGACGGCAGGGCCUCAUUAGAAGGGAGCGGAUGCGGCGUUUCAGUAGCUAACCGGAGCUUUAAUGAGCGGCAGAGGGUUCGAGGUGAGGGAAGGUGUCGGUGGAGGAGUCUGGGGGGAAUCUCGGCGUCUCUAAAGACGCUCACCUUAAAAAGGCGGGACGUUUUCCUCCACUGCACGUUACAUACAAAUCGGAAGUUUAUACAAACAUAUUCGGUUUCCAGCAAGAAAAUGUCCACCAACAGUCUUAGAAACAAGGACAGGAUAUGAGGUUAUGGUUUGGCCAUUAAAAUAUUCCUCUACAUGUCAGUAUAGUGUUGGUGCUUAUUCCCUAAAACCAUCUGGGCUCUCAGCGUUUAGCAAAACCUUUUGGACAAACCUGGAAACCACUAGAAAAGGGUUAUUCAACUCACGGUCCUUGAGGUCCGAGCACUGCUAGUUUUCCAGCCUUCCUUUACCUGUCAGUCAGGUGUGAAGCCUCUGACCAAUCAGAAUCAGCAAUUAUUAAACAACUACCUGGGAGAACUGAAAACACGGCCUGGAUUUGGGAUCGAGAUUCAAGUUUGAAGAGCCCUGGACUAUACAAGCCUGAUUAAGCUGCAGGAUUUUCUUUCUGUGUGUCUGCAGAGCUGGAGAACAUGCUUCUCCCAUUGCUGCUGAUGCUGUUGUCCGCUCCGGCCGGUAAGUGCCAGCCUGGUGCAAAUCAGCUGUUACCGUCUCCAGUAAACAGCAGCCGGAGUUUCUGGCCGAGUGACAACUUUGCAGGACGCUGUUAAGAAUGUGUAAUUUCUCAGUUGUUAAUCUUGCGUCUCGCGCCUCCAGUCCUUUCCCAGAAUUCCUCGUUCUGCCCGGAGCCAGCCGACCCCACAGCUGCUCAGCUUCUGAUUGGCUGCCUGGGGACUCGCUUCACCUGGCUCCAGGAGCUGCAGGACAGCUUCCCGUCCCUCUUCCGCUUCGCCCUGUGCCUGCGCUGCAGGACGGGUCUGUGCCCCCGAGACCUGGAGGAUUACGGCUGCUCCUGCCGAUACCUGGGGGGGCGGGGGACCGUCGACGACAUGGAUGGGUGAGGCCGGACUCUCCCCAGGCGCUGCCGUGUUCAGUCCAAGCCCCCGGAUCGCUGGAGAUGAUAAAGUUCCUCCCCUCCUCGGUGUGCAGGUGCUGCUUCCGCCACAGGGGGUGCUACAGAGCCGUGACCGAGCGCGGCUGCCGAUCCCAACCGGACACGACGACUUACAGCGUCACCUGCGGCCACAGCAACGUGACUUGCGACAUGAGCGAUCCAUGUGCCCGGGACUGGUGCCUGUGUGACAAGGCGGCCAUCGAGUGCAUGGGACGGUCCCCCUACCACCCCUCCUGGCGGCACCUGGACUCCGCAUCGUGCUCCUCAGGCCCCGCGACCGGCCCCCUCUUACCAGAAAAUGAAACACUGGCCAACAGCACAUUGGACCCUGAGCCUGACCUCAACCAGACCCUGGUGUUCGCCGACCUCUCCGCGGAAUCCCUAUAUGAAGGUAAAAGGCCUAACAUCGCCGACCUCUCCGCAGAAUCCCUAUAUGAAGCCCUUCAUGGGGGGGGCGUGGAUCCAGCCGGAGUGACAGAGGAUCCGGAGACCCCCAGUCCCUCAGGAACGGCUUCCCCUCACCCCUCAUCUCCCUCGGAAGGUGAGACCGAGCUGGAGCCAGAGGAAAUGCUGACUGCAGGAUCUCCACGUCCUUCUCUAGAAGAAGAGAGAGAGAGUAGCAGCAGACGUGCACCAAACGCCGAGCAGAAACAUCAGCUGCCUCUGCAGGUCCCAGCGGAGACUCACUCUGAAGUCCUAAACAGACGGGAAACGAAGACGACAGCGGCGACAGAGAGACAGGAGACAUUUCCUACGCAAGCCAGCCACCCUUCGCCGUCCACCGCUGACGCAGCAACAGCCGAAAUGGACGCUGAGACAGAGGACGUGACCGAACCUGUAAGAGUGUCAUUGGUUGGUACUAUGCAGACAACGGUGGCUCCACCAAUCCGCACGACACAUUCUACCCUGAACUCUGCAGAAAUGGACUCUUUCACAGAAGCUGAGGAGCCGGUGUCCGUGACAAAAGGCCGUACGGCUCAGAGAGACAGGAAGGGGACGCUGACACAACCUGACACAUCUGCUGAGGCCGAACCGACAGACAGGCCCUCGUGCAAAGAGACAGAUUCGCACGAUGAAUCCCGAGAGAAAGAAGCGUACCAGCCCAAGCCAAGGGCUGUACCCCUAUUCGCGCUCUCUCUCCUGGAAGCGGCUGGCCUCAUUGACCUUCCUGCGGACCACAACACUGAAGAGUGCAGCCACACCUUCACCCAGUACGGCGCGGACGGCCGGCCGCGCCAGGAGAUGCCCGCGCUGGGCGAGAUGCUACACUGCCUGACGGGCCGCUGUCCGCACGACUACGAGAUGCACGGCUGCUACUGUGGCCAGGAGGGGCGUGGCCGACCCGUGGACCAGCUAGACAGCUGCUGUUUCUUCCACCAGUGCUGCCUGGAGCAGAUAAGGAUGCUGGGAUGCCGCCCAGAACGCAGGCUGGGCGUCCACAUCACCUGCCAAGAGGGCCAGCCGCAGUGCUUCGGGGUCGGCGUCUGCGACAAGCUGCAGUGUGUGUGUGACAAAGCCAGUGCCCACUGCAUGGCUGCCGCCCAGCACAACGACAGCGUCUCCUCGCACCAGUGCCGCGGACCCAAGGCCCCCUGCCGGCGCAGGCCGCUCGCCCCGCCCUGGCUCCGCCCACCGGCCCACCUGCCCGACUCCAGCGAAGAGAGUGGCACUUGGGAGGGAACGAGACGGGAGGUGAUCCAGAGUCGCCCCGUCCGGCCUGAGGCGGGGGACAGUGUUGCCAUGGAAACCAGUAGAAUGACCAGCGAUGAAGGAGAUGGGGGACUGGGUGAGCUGACUGAGGAUGGAGCCUAGGAAACAGCAGUCCUUCCGCACUCCCAGGGGGUACCAACAGGAGGAGCUCUCGGAACAGCCCAAAAACCUCACUAUGGUAUUUUCUUUAUUAAAAAAAAACAAAACAAACAAAAAAAAAAAACCUUGUGCUUUUAAGUUUGUGCAGCUUCAGGUCUUGAAGUGCAAAACACAGCAAUCCCCAUUUCCUGUGGAAUCACAAGUUUCAGACUGGAC